AUGGACGAAGAGCAAGACGACGAGAGCAUCGCCAUCCAACAGCUCAGACGCCAUAGCAGCCAGAUUCCGCUCAACGUGUAUAGGAUACACGUAUCCAACACCGGUGAAAUUAUCUCUGUAUACACCGAUGCGGAGAAUGAUGAGACUUGCUGCGUACAUUACCCGCUCCUUGAUGAGAUCUCCCUUCCUGAGGGAGUCCGAACAGUACGCCGGGGUAUGUUUGAGGAAUUCCAGAGGCUUGGUCCUGACACUGAUCUUGUCACAUACCAUCCAUGCUCCAGUGAGCCUGCCAACAAGGUGGUGUUCAAGUACUACUUUUUAUGGCAGUAUGCGCAAAAGUCUUGGAAAGAGAUGAACCUGUGA